AUGCUUCCGUCAGCAACAUUAGCCCCACCUCCACAAGCCUUUCAGUCUGAUUUCUCCAAUCCUUUCCCCUGUCCGUGGCCGGCAGCUCCACCAUCGAGCUCCAGCGCGAGGCUGCUUCCGCUAGCAACCCAAGCUCAGAUGCCGCUACCUUUACCUCUUUCCAACCCCUUUUCCUCUUCUCAAGCCCCAGGCUGCGACACAAGGUACCCACAACAAAUGAUACCUGCGUCAGCUACCAACUCCAAAUCACCAUACACUUUAUUUACCACAACUCCGAUGCCCCUCCCACCGAACGCUCCAGCCCUGGAACCACCCCCCGUCCCUCACAACAUCAGAGCACAGAUCCUCUCAGAAAUUCAGGCAGCUAGCACCACAAGCGGAUCCACACCCAACUCCGGUACCUCACUAUUCAGAACUCAUAUUCCCAUAAACCACCCUUUAAAAUCCCUCCUCAAUGCUUCCCUAGAUACCAUCCUCCAAGCUGUAUCCCCCAGAACCCUACAAACCUACCUAACCGCUUGGAAGAGCUUCAAAACUUUCCACUCUGGUUACAACCUGACCUUCCCUGACUUUUCCCUACUCACCAUCACCUCUUUCAUAUCCUACCUCAACCAACACAAGAACCUCCAAGCCAGCUCUAUCAAAGGAUACCUAAGCGGAAUCCAAUUUUUCCACAAACUAAUUUUUGGCUCACCCUCCCCAGUAAUAGCUAACACCCAGACAUCAAUGCUCAUUAAAGGUGUCCAAAGAACCCACCCUACCCGUCCGGAUGCAAGACAACCAAUAACCUUAGAAUUACUCACCAAAUGCAUCACCACCAUCCGUCGAGGCUACCACUCUACUAACACCGCCCACACACUCGACGCUAUGUUUAUUCUAGCCUUUUUCGGGUUCCUCAGAUGUUCAGAACUCACCAUCACUUCCAAUUUCAAUUCAAAUAACCACCCCACAAUCUCAGAUCUAUCACUUCUGGACAACGACACCAUCUCCUAUUUCAUCAAACAAAGCAAGACGGACCAAACGAGAAAAGGCCAUUUCAUUUACAUUUUCAACUUCCCAUCACCAAUUCAACCAUACCAGACACUCCUAGCCUACCUACAUUCCAGAAAUUCCCAGGCUAGAUCUGCAUCAGACCCACUCUUCAUAGACGACUCAAACCGCCUGGUUACACGUUUUUGGUUCCAAAAACACCUUAAAUCCGUCCUACUCCUAUCUGGCAUCCCCGCAGACUCCUUCUCCAGCCAUUCUUUCUGCAUAGGCGCGGCAACCACAGCCGCCCAAAAAGGUCUUUCACAACAACAGAUCCAAGCACUCGGACGCUGGUCAUCAGAACCCUUCAAAACCUACAUUCGAUCAAACCGCUCCCACAUCAGAGAAGCCCAACGAACCUUCAUAAGUGGAUCCCACCAGCUCCAGCCUGCUCCAGGACAACACAAACUAUAA